GGGGGCGGGCAGACGCGGUGGCGGCGGUAGCGGCGGCGCGAGCUCUAUCCAGACACGGUAUCGCGGUGGAGACAGCUGCGGCGCCUACACCGUGUUGGGUCCCCUCCCUCCUCCAUUCCCCCUCCUCCCCUUCCCCCGCAGCGCUGGUUCUCUGGGAGUCCGAGACGUGUGGCGAGGCGGCGACAAGCUCCAGGAUCAACUUACUAUCCUGAAAAUCCAUUCCCCCAAGAAGAAGAGACAGAAAGAAAGACCGCUUUGUACGAAAGGCUUGGGAAUCCCAUGAACGAGCUAGCAGAAAACCGAUUGGGGUGCAGCAGGACUCCAGAGCCAGAUAUAAGGCUCAGAAAAGGGCACCCACUUGAUGGUACAAGAGGAGGUGAUAAUGACAACCACCAAGGAGAUUUGGAACCCAUUUUAGAAGCAACUGUUUGUUCUUCCCAUCAUAAAAAAAGUUCUGAGGAACAUGAACACAAUGAUGACACUUCUCAGGAGGAUGAGGGCUUCAUGGGCAUGUCCCCCCUCUUACAAGCCCAUCAUGCUAUGGAAAGAAUGGAAGAGUUUGUUUGUAAGGUAUGGGAAGGUCGAUGGCGAGUGAUCCCUCACGAUGUGCUGCCAGAUUGGCUCAAGGAUAAUGACUUCCUUCUACAUGGACACCGGCCACCUAUGCCUUCUUUCCGGGCCUGCUUUAAGAGCAUUUUCAGAAUACACACAGAAACAGGCAACAUUUGGACACAUCUCUUAGGUUGUGUAUUCUUCCUGUGCCUGGGGAUCUUUUAUAUGUUCCGCCCAAAUAUUUCCUUUGUGGCCCCUCUGCAAGAGAAAGUGGUCUUUGGAUUAUUUUUCUUGGGAGCCAUUCUCUGCCUUUCGUUUUCGUGGCUCUUCCACACAGUCUACUGCCACUCAGAAGGAGUCUCUCGACUCUUCUCUAAACUGGAUUACUCUGGUAUUGCUCUUCUGAUUAUGGGAAGUUUUGUUCCUUGGCUUUAUUAUUCUUUCUACUGUAACCCACAACCUUGCUUCAUUUACCUGAUUGUCAUCUGUGUGCUGGGCAUUGCAGCCAUUAUAGUUUCCCAGUGGGACAUGUUUGCCACCCCUCAGUAUCGAGGAGUAAGAGCAGGAGUGUUUGUGGGUUUGGGCCUGAGUGGAAUCAUCCCCACCUUGCACUAUGUCAUUGCGGAGGGCUUCCUGAAGGCUGCCACCAUAGGACAGAUAGGCUGGCUGAUGCUCAUGGCCAGCCUCUAUAUCACUGGAGCGGCCCUCUAUGCUGCCCGGAUCCCUGAGCGCUUCUUUCCUGGCAAAUGUGAUAUCUGGUUUCACUCUCAUCAGCUGUUUCACAUCUUUGUGGUUGCUGGAGCUUUUGUUCACUUCCACGGUGUCUCAAACCUGCAAGAGUUCCGUUUCAUGAUUGGUGGGGGCUGCACUGAAGAGGAUGCACUGUGAUACCUACAGGUAGCCAGGGACUAUGACCCUGUACCUGGGCCUGCAGCAGCAGCAACAGGACUCCCUACUGGCCGCUGAUGGCAGUAGCAGGAGCCCCAAAACGUUGACAGCCUCAUGGGCUUUGUGACGGCCCAGGGGUUCCACGUGGUACAUGACCAAGAAGAGAAAAACAAAAAUAAAUCAUACCUCAAAGGAUGGAGUGCAUCAAUGUGGAGAAAAGGAGUGACCCAUACCCUGACUUAUUCUUGAGAUCUGCUCACUGAGGGCUCUGCAAAACCCUUGGCAAACUGGCUUCUGAUCCAUAUCGUAUUUAUUUGUAGAAGAUGAGGAAACAGUUUAGCUGGUUGUUCUUUCUUCUCCCUUUCUCCUAAAACAACAAUACAAACCAAUUUAGGUGAACAUUUAUAUCCAAUUAAGGGGCGGGAUUGUGAUUUUAGAUGUUCUUUUAAGGAGAACGAAGAAAUUAAUGUAAAUAAGAUUUCUAACUGUUUAAAUAAAAAUUUAUAUAAAUGUUUAAAACAUAGGGGUAGGGGAGGGAGGGAGAAUUUUUGUAUAGAAUGAAACAUGCAAGUACCACACACUGUUUCAAUUUUGCACAAAGUGUGACUGGAAGAGGGUCAGGUAGCAGCCCCAGAAUGUACAGUGUCUUGGUGCACCAAGGUGCCUUCCGAAGGCCGACACACAUACCUUGGACCCUAGCAGGGCAGAGGUUGUAGCCCCAGCCUAGUGAUCACAUGGCAUCUCUCAAGCAUCCUGAGGCAGAGGUGGAGGGAAGUGGUGCGUGUUUCCUCAGUGACUGGUAAGAGGUACUAGGUGAAGGCUGUAGGUAAAGUGUUACUUCAGAGUGUCUUGUAGGCUGAUAGUGACCUUCUCUAAGGUAGAGCCACUUAGUCCUGUCAUUAAUGUUGGAAACGAGCAGUGGAAAUGUGGAGGAGCUCUGGGGACAUUAGGACAGGGACUGGUCUGAUCACUUCCUGAGAUCUUGGUGGUGGUGGCACAUAUGUGAUUAGAGAGGUUUGAGCAGUUUUCUGUGUCCUUGCUGUGGAGCUCUGGACCACCCUGUCAAUUUCUAUUAAAAAUCACUGCCCUGACUACCUUUUUCCUUCUGGAACUGAAAAUUACCUUUCCUGUACAUCAUAGUUCCUGGCAGAGCCAGCCAGUUGAGAUUCUGACUUGUAUGGGUUCCUCAUAAGGUCACUUUCCUAGAUUGGGGGAGAGCCCUGCCUUUGCACAAGGAAAGAUGAGUAUCACCCCUGGUGCCCUGUCUUGGUAAGCCUAAUGUGACAGACACCUCUGUUCUUGCACAAAAAAGUCAGAACUCCCUAGGCCCCACCUCAGACCCUCACCACAGCACUGCAGCCCCACUGAGCCUCAUCAGGCAGAGAUAGCCUGGAGCAGAGUUUAAAGGGAAACGACAUUAUUGCCAGGCAGUCUGGUAGAACCCUUAAGUCCAUGGUUUUGAAUUGCUACUAGAAGUGAAAAAUGAUUGCCCUUGUCCCGGGGCUACCUUGUUUUGGUAUCAGGGAGAAUGGUGGGAGCAGGAUCUGGUUUGUAGAAUCCUGAUCUUGGCUCACUGGUGAGCCCCCGAAAUAGUACUGGACCCUGGGCUACUGCCUACCACUUCAGGUGGUUGUGUUACAUCCUGGGAUGGUGGGUGCUAGAACUAGGCAGGGGGCUCGGCAUCCUCAAAGGGGUGUUAAGGGAUAUGGGAAGAGUCCCAUUCAGUAGAGUUUUCUGUUUUCUCUGCCCUUCAACUCUUCAGCCACAGCUGAGGUAUAGACCUCAAUGUAGAACUUGGGAAGAAUUUAGGAGUAUUUUGGUUCUAGUUAAGGUCACUGCUGUAAGCAGACCAAGCAGAAGUCAGUUUGGUGCAGUGCCUGACAGAAUGAAGAACAGUAUUAACUCAGUGAGAAAACAGUCUGGCAGUAGAGUGGACACCCGGAAGGAAGCGCUUACAGUUUCAUGGGAGCAACAGCACAUAUCAGAAGCCAGACUUGAUCUUUGGUCACACACUUUGGUGUACAGGGUGUGAGGUGCAGUUCUCCAACACCCACAGAAAUGGUAGUCUUUGGGUCCAGUCACCCCACACCACAAAGCAGGAAGAAUCUGGUUCAACAGAGCACAAACCCUUGGGGAACGUGAAACCAACACCACCAGUGCGUAAUCCAGUUAACUCCCCCUCCCCUUUUGUGUAUGUGUGUGGGCACGUGUGCCCAUUUCUGUGUCUCUCUGCAGCUCACUACCAACAGCCUCAAUAUGCACUUGACCUUACAGUGCUUGCUGAGAAUCUCACCAGGUUGGCGCCUGAAUGCCUUACUCUCAGCAGCCCGAGGCUUGCUUGCUCUGUGCAGAUUUUUAAUUUUCUUUUUUAGCCCUAGGCUGGUUAGGACCUCUACAGCUUCAUUCUUUCACCAGUAAAUAGUGGCCUUUUUCAGUAUUCUCCCCCUCCCUUCCCCUUUAUAAAUUGCUGAAGCCACAAAGCACAUUUUAGGGGAUCAUAGAAAGCUGGGGUACCAGAACGGCAUCUGUGUGAUGGUUCCAUUCACCAUGGGAUUUCCCUAUUUGCUGUAUUCUCAAUUUCUCUAAUAAAAAGAGCCAAAUGCAA